CAGACCACAGACUCUACCCACCCCUGAUCAAAGGCUCACACAAUCAAAUGAAUUAAUGAGGCGAGAGAAAUCGAUAUCCUUCUGCACCAUUCCAAUCCCAGGCAGACGCUCACCGAGAUUUGAAAUAUCUCCUUAGAAGCUCAAUCGUCUUCGCUGUUUCGGUUUCAGGUUUCUGGCAUUUAUUGUAUUUAUUAGUUUAAUAAACCAGGCCUUAGGUAUGAAUAUUGGUUUCUGCAGUCUAUUGGGUCCAGAUUAUCAGUUUCUCCUGUACUACGGUAAUCAUCUAUGAUUUGGAUGGCUGGAUGCAUCCUUUAUGUAUUAAUUAUUAAUAAAUUAAUUAAAUAAGAAGUUUUUGGGUAGUUCUCUUGGUUUUAUAUCUACUUUACAUAUCCUCGUCAACUUCUCCAAUUUCAAGAUUAUGUCUUUGUUUUAACUAAUAACUCAUUCAGUCUUUAAUUUGCAUAUGCUAAAGGUAGCCAAGUUAUAUAUAAUGGCGAGGAGUGAUAGAAUCAGUCUGCUCCCAGAAGAUAUAUUGGACCAUAUUUUGGGAUUCUUGCCCAUACAAGACAUUGCUAAAACUGCAGUUUUGUCUACCAUGUGGAGAGAUCUCUGGUUCACUCUAAGGCAACUUUGCUUUGAUCGUCAGUUCUUUCGCUACUUUGACAACAAAUGUAAGGCUAGCAGAUAUGAAAAGAUAUCUUGCGCUUUCUAUACAAUUAACAAAGUCAUCUUGCAGCACAAGGGAACAAUUCAGAAAUUUGUCAUUGAUUUAUCUCAUGUUGGGGAACGCACCAUCAAGUCUCGGUCUUAUGAUUGUGAUCAAUGGUUACCAUUAGUCAAAUCUAAAGGUGUUGAAGAACUCCACCUUUUUUUUAAGCUUACACCAUACAAUUACAAGCUGCCGAAUUGGGUAUUUUCAUGCUCAACACUCAAAGGAUUGCAUCUUGGUGGUUUCCGUAUUGAACCCACAGAAUUUCCUUCCACAUUAUCCAAUCUUACCUCACUAUAUUUACAUGCUGUUUGUUUUGGUCCUACGAAUCUGCCUUGCUAUGUUGUUGAUGGUCCAAUGCUAAAGAACCUAUCAUUUAGUAGUUGUAAUAGUAUAGCACCCUUCAAAAUCACUGCUAGAAGUCUUAGCAGUUUGACGAUAAAAAAUUGUUUCAAUAGAGACUCUGGCAAGAUUCUCCCAAUCGCUUGUGACUUGAUAUCUAUUCGUACUCUUGAUGUGGACUAUGGUUCUCUUGAGGUAUUUUCUCUGAACCGUUUCUUUGGGACUUCGAUCUAUGUAUAUUAUACUCCGUAUUAUUUCAUACAUUUGAAGUGAUCCAACUUUAUUUCAAUUUGAUUUCCAUGUAUUCUCUUGGAAAACGUACUAUAAAAGGGAUUACCAGUACAAGCAAAUGCAAUCAACCUGGAAUUGCUCAAGCUAUCGAAAUUUCGUUUCCAAGACGAUGUUACGACUUCUGCAUUUGUUCGGUUACUAUCCAUAUGCCCGAAGUUAUGCAAACUUGAAAUUACAUAUGCGGGGACAGAUGUUAACUGUAUAGAAUCUCUAUCGGAGCUCUUGAAAAACCUUCAUAGUGUGGCUCAAACAUGCAAAAAGCUUCUCUUUUUGGAGCUUAACUUAUACAAGGGAGAAUGGGCUGAAAUCCUUUUCAUAAACGAGAUGUUGGCCUCUCUUCCAGCACUUGAAAAAGUUACCAUCACAUGUAGUGGGCCUAGAAUGAAAAGUAAGAUUUUAGAAAGAGUUAUGUGUUUUGCUCGCACAUCUACUAAAGCAAAAAUUGUUAUUUAUCCAAGUUGAAUAAACUACUACGUAGUAGAAACUAGAAAUCAUUGAUUUGUAUGAGCGAUGUGCAAAAUCGGUGGCAGUUUUUUGUGUUUAGUUUACACCGUUCCCCGGGUUACUUUUGUAUGAAAGAAUAUGUUAUGUUAUGCACUCUUGUCAUAUGUAUGUCAUUGUUAAAGAAUAAUACGGAGUAGCAAG